AUGGGCGUGAACGGCGCGACUAUCGCCAACGUCCUGACCGCCCGGCACCCCACCCAGCUUCAAGGCGCCCCUGCCUCGAACACCGCGUCCCCGCCAGCUGGUGCUGCUGCCCCUGCUAGCGACCCUGCUCCUGCUGAAGUUGAGCCUGCUACUGCUGCCAUCUCGGCGAGGCGCGAUGUCAAGUUAGCCUCACAGAAUCCUACGAUUCGCAAGGUUCACGUUCACGCCCGUCAGGAUUUGAAUGACCCCAUCGUCGACACAACCACCGACACUGACUCAGCGGACGCAGAUGACGACGACACCGCCGCCGAAGCCGAUCCUGACGUCGAUGGUGCAGCUGCAGACACAACAGACACCACAGCUGUGACUCGUGCGGUUCACGCACGUCAAGAUGAAGAUGAUACCGUCGACCCAACCACCGCCAACGAUUCAGAGGACGCAGAUGAAGGUGCUGCUACCGAAGACGAGUCCGGCGUCGAAGACGCAGCUACAGAGGUGACGGAGACCGCAGACGGCCCUCCGGCCGCUCAAGUCUCUGACGUGGAAUCCCUCGACACCCGCGGCCAAUUUUCCACGGACAACAACUCAUCCGAUGUUGGGGGUUUAAAGGGUCUGGCGACAUAA